CGCAGUUUUGGUGGCCCUGAGUAACCCAAACAACAACAAGUCCACAAGACUUCCAGGGACAAAGUCUCGAGACUUCAUUUCUUGGCUCAGGGAACAGUGGGCACCACCCUAGACAUUGAUUGCUUGUAGCUCUGGUAGAGUCUCUCUCCAGGCGAGGUUGCUGGUUUUGUCUAAAACUCAAAAGACAGCUGAUCAUGAGGGUAACAGAUGUGAGGCUUAGGCUGAACAUUGGUGCCCAGUUCAGAGCCUUGUGGUUGCUGAAAAGCAGGAGGCGGAUUUCUGAUACUGGAGCUGAAGCAAUCCUGACUGCUAGAGGAGUGCCUGUUGUAGAUCCUCGAGAGAUUCUGUCACCUGCAUAUCCUCGCAUAAUUGAAGUGGUUGAUCCUCCACCUCAACCAAGCGUUUUGCAGGAUUGGAAAACAGAGGUGAAAGACACUCCUUGUCAUGUGUUUAACAAGAGGUUCUCCCCACUGAUAGGCAUGCCCCAAGUUCAGUGUCUCACAAACUCUGUUGUCCAGUCUUCAUUGCCAAAAUCUGUACUAGAUUGUGCUACUAAAAUCACAGAGGAGGAAGAUAAGAAAGUGAAAGAGGCCAUCUUCCAUGCACACUUACUUGAUUCAUUUCAAGCUAAAUUACCAAAGGUAAUAAAUAUGGACAGACCAGGGUGGAAUGAAAGGCGGGAGUAUGGCAUACCAUUUGGACGAAAGCAUAAAACUCUGACAUACCAGCUUCUGCUUCUCCUUGACCAACAAGUACCUGGAGCACUGGAGAGACAACUUGUUGAAGACACCUUAACACAAGUCACAUUGAAACACUCAGACAGCCUGAUGCAGAUAAAUCACGAAGCAGCUUUCAUCGUGUCAUCUCUGACCCCAUUGCCCCAGCUUGCAGAUAAUGCAGAAAUAAAAUCUUUACAAGAGGAGACACUGCCAGACAUAUAUCCUCUCUCUCCACUUGUAAACUGCAGAGCAUUCAACACCUAUUGUUUGAAGGAUUCCUAUGAUUGUUGGUAGCAACUUGGAGAAACCAGUGGUAUUGCAGGUGGUGCACAUGCACAGGCAAUACUUCCACAUGGGUGUGUUUCAGCUCAACACAUUAAACCUCACUGGAACAACAAAAAAUAUUUUCUGGACCCAGCCCUGGGAGCCACUCUUCAGUAAGUGUUGCUUCCAGGCAGCACAGCCUGUGCUUGAGGGCUAUAAUCCUAGGGUCUUUGAACUUCUCAAAGGGCUGCAUGCACAGUGUUAAUGCUAUUAUGUAUGAGUUUUGACUGAAUGUAAAAUAUACUGUACUGUAUCUAAA